AUGGGCCUUAUUGAAUGCAGCGCUUUGGUUGAUCUGACUGACAAUUUUACUUCGCUGAGCAGCUUGCAGAGCUUGAAGGUCGACUCAUGCGAUCUCGCGCUUCUGCCAGAGAAUUUUGGAAAUCUGAUCACCCUGAAGACACUGGUGCUGAUAAAUCUGCCUCUCACAAGUCUCCCAAUCUCCAUCAGCCACCUCUCGUCAUUGGACACCCUUGGUGUGGUUGAAUGCGAGGCGAUUCACGAGCUGCCUGCAGGUUUUUGUUCUCUCUCCUCACUGAAGUCGCUAUGCCUUCAUGCAGUGACAGAUCUGGAGAUUCCAGAGAAUAUCGGGCAGCUGACCAACCUAAAUUCUCUUUUCCUGAAAUCCAACUUUUCGCAGCAGCCGCUGCCAUCCUCUGUCGUCCAACUGUCGUCGUUGACGCGGCUUGAGCUUGACAAGUGCGUGCUAUCUGAGAUCUUGAAGGGCAUCAGUGAGCUGACAAGGCUGCACGAGCUCUACAUCCACUCAUGUGGCGCCAUGCGGGAAAUACCCGAGUCCAUCACAUGUCUGAAGUACCUGGAGAUCUUGAGAAUCGUGGAUUGUCGGGGUCUCACUCGGAUGCCUUGGAAUCUGGAGUCCCUUGCGAGGCUCAGGAGGUUGGAGAUUCGAGGGUGUGCGCUGCUGCGAGGAAUCCCAACUAAUUUUCCUCAUUCGCUCGAGCGCUUGUCCCUUCAGAUCAACCAGCAGCUCCUUCAGCGGCAGACCAGCCCACCAUCACAGUUUCCUAGGUUGCCAGGGCUUAGCGGGUUGCUUUUGGGAGCAGCUGAAGUCACUGGUGAGCUUGCUUUGAGCCGAAGCUUCUCUUGUCUGACGCGAUUGGAGCUGGUUUUGACCAAAGCUUUGCAGGAGAUUCCGUUCUCCUUGGCAUCGGUCUCUCACCUUCGUGUCUUAACCAUCUGGGAAGCUGCAGGGCUGAAAUUCCUUCCAGAGAGCCUUGGUUCAUCUUUGCAGCAGCUGCGGCGGCUGCACAUUGACAAGGCUGCAGAAUUGGAAGAGCUACCAGGAAGCAUAACCAUGCUUCAAACCCUCACCUGCCUUGAGAUUCAUGCACCGAAGCUAUCCGCCCUCCCCGAGAACAUUGGCGCUUUGUCAAGAUUACGCAAGUUGGAUUUGUCCAAGUGCUCGGCCCUCCAGCAUCUCCCUGCUUCGCUCACGCAGCUUGCUUGCCUACACAACCUUGACCUUACAGCCUGCCCCAUCCGCUUCCUUCCUCCCAACUUUGAACGGCUCACCCGGCUCAGGGAGCUGCAAUUGGUUGACUGCAAGCAGCUGGAGGCUCUACCAGAGGAGUUAACACAGCUCAAGGUGUUGCGGUGGCUCACUAUCGAAGGCUCUUCUAGGCUGUUUGAAGACCAAGACCAGAUCGAGAGGCUAGAAGCCAUGCAUGGGUUGAGAUUCUGGUAG